UGCAAAAAUUGUAUUACAUAUGUGAAUAUAAAAUAAUCACAUACUUGCGGUAAAUUAACUCUCACAACUAAAAGGUGUUAAACAAGGACAGCAUACAAAGUGAUUGGAUUUUCUGAUAAAGUUUGACAUUGUUUUCAGUAUUACUCAACAAAAAAGUAAAAGUAAUCAUGGCUCAAAUGGAACAACAAUUACCAAUUCCAGUACCGGAUUUAAGUACGCUACGCAUAACUACAGCAGUAUCUAUGCUUGGUAAAGCAUACGGUUGUGGCCAAUGCACAGCCCCUCCAUCAGGGCCCACAACAAGCACUGCUGUAGGGGCUGCUGGAAGCACUGGAAGUAGUGUUGUAGCUCCCAGUACACUGGGCUUGGUUCCUACGCAGCAAACACAUACUCCUCCUCAGCCUCCUGAUCUACCUAUGUUUGCAUGUCCACGAAGGCCAAAUAUUGGUCGAGAAGGACGAGUAAUUGGUUUGAGGGCCAAUCAUUUUCAAAUUACUAUGCCACGUGGUUUUGUUCAUCAUUAUGACAUAAACAUUCAACCUGAUAAAUGUCCACGGAAAGUUAAUAGAGAAAUAAUUGAAACUAUGGUACAUGCUUACAGUAAAAUAUUUGGAACUCUAAAACCUGUGUUUGAUGGUAGAAAUAAUUUAUAUACUCGGGACCCUUUACCAAUUGGUACUGACAAAUUAGAGUUAGAGGUAAUACUGCCUGGAGAAGGUAAAGAUAGAGUAUUCAGAGUGGUAAUCAAAUGGGUAGCACAAGUUUCUUUAUUUGCUCUUGAAGAAGCUUUAGAGGGAAGAACUAGGCAGAUUCCUUAUGAUGCAAUUCUUGCUUUGGAUGUAGUUAUGAGACAUCUUCCUUCUAUGACUUACACACCUGUUGGAAGAUCGUUUUUUAGUAGUCCAGAUGGCUAUUAUCAUCCACUAGGUGGUGGUAGAGAAGUAUGGUUUGGUUUCCAUCAAUCUGUAAGACCAUCCCAAUGGAAAAUGAUGCUGAAUAUUGAUGUAUCUGCUACUGCUUUCUAUAAAGCACAACCAGUAAUAGAGUUUAUGUGUGAAGUUCUUGAUAUACGUGACAUAAAUGAACAAAGAAAACCAUUAACUGAUUCACAAAGAGUAAAAUUUACCAAGGAAAUUAAAGGACUUAAAAUUGAAAUUACACAUUGUGGUACAAUGAGAAGAAAAUACAGAGUUUGCAAUGUUACUCGUAAACCAGCUCAAAUGCAAUCAUUUCCCUUACAAUUAGAAAAUGGACAAACUGUUGAAUGUACAGUUUCUAAAUACUUUUUAGAUAAAUACAAAAUGAAAUUACGUUAUCCACAUCUUCCGUGCCUUCAAGUUGGUCAAGAACAUAAACAUACAUAUUUACCUUUAGAGGUUUGUAAUAUUGUAGCUGGGCAACGAUGUAUAAAAAAAUUAACAGAUAUGCAAACAUCAACAAUGAUAAAGGCUACAGCUCGUUCAGCUCCUGAUCGUGAAAGAGAAAUAAAUAAUCUUGUACGGCGAGCAGAUUUCAAUAAUGAUUCAUAUGUUCAAGAAUUUGGCCUUACUAUUUCUAAUAAUAUGAUGGAAGUUAGAGGACGAAUUUUGCCCCCACCAAAACUGCAAUAUGGAGGGCGCGUUAGUUCCAUCACUGGGCAGACAAAACAACAAGCACUGCCUAAUCAAGGUGUUUGGGACAUGCGUGGAAAACAAUUUUUUACAGGAGUUGAAAUACGAGUAUGGGCUAUAGCAUGUUUUGCUCCUCAACGAACAGUUCGAGAAGAUGCAUUACGGGCAUUUACGUCGCAGCUCCAAAAAAUUAGUAAUGAUGCUGGAAUGCCAAUUAUAGGUCAACCUUGUUUCUGUAAAUAUGCUACUGGACCUGAUCAAGUAGAACCUAUGUUUAGAUAUUUAAAAUCGACCUUUCAAGCUUUGCAACUUGUUUGUGUAGUUCUACCUGGAAAAACUCCAGUAUAUGCUGAAGUAAAAAGAGUUGGAGAUACUUUAUUAGGAAUGGCAACUCAAUGCGUACAAGCUAAAAAUGUUAAUAAAACUUCACCACAAACUUUAUCAAAUUUGUGUUUGAAAAUUAACGUCAAACUAGGUGGAAUUAACAGUAUUUUAGUACCAAGUAUUAGGCCAAAAGUUUUUAAUGAACCUGUCAUAUUCCUUGGUGCUGAUGUAACACAUCCUCCUGCUGGUGAUAAUAAAAAACCUAGUAUAGCUGCAGUUGUAGGUAGCAUGGAUGCUCAUCCAUCUCGAUAUGCAGCCACUGUAAGAGUUCAACAGCAUAGACAAGAAAUAAUUCAAGAAUUGAGUUCUAUGGUCAGAGAACUUCUUGUCAUGUUUUACAAGAGUACAGGAGGUUAUAAACCACACAGAAUUAUUUUAUAUCGUGAUGCCGUAUCUGAAGGUCAGUUUUUACAUGUCCUUCAACAUGAACUUACAGCUAUUCGUGAAGCUUGCAUUAAGCUUGAAGCAGAUUAUAGACCUGGUAUAACUUUUAUUGUUGUCCAAAAACGUCAUCAUACACGACUUUUUUGUGCGGAUAAAAAAGAACAAAGCGGUAAAAGUGGAAAUAUUCCAGCUGGAACAACAGUUGAUGUUUGCAUUACACAUCCAACAGAAUUUGAUUUUUACCUUUGUAGUCAUCAAGGAAUUCAGGGAACAUCAAGACCAUCCCAUUAUCAUGUACUUUGGGAUGAUAAUCACUUUGAAAGUGAUGAGUUGCAGUGUCUUACGUACCAGCUAUGUCAUACAUAUGUAAGGUGUACAAGAUCUGUUAGUAUACCAGCACCAGCUUAUUAUGCGCAUUUGGUUGCUUUUCGAGCUAGAUAUCAUCUUGUUGAAAAAGAACAUGAUAGUGGAGAAGGAUCUCAUCAAUCAGGAUGCAGUGAAGAUAGGACACCUGGUGCAAUGGCAAGAGCAAUAACAGUUCAUGCAGAUACCAAAAGAGUUAUGUAUUUUGCAUAAACGUUAUAUUACGAUGUUGAAGCUCUCGUCAGGCCAAAGAAAAGAAAAAAGUUAAAUACUUGGCAGUUUUAAGCCAAAUAAUCUUGUGUCUUAAAUAAGUAAGUGAGCUAUAGGAAUAAGGCACAGCCAGUAGGCUAUUCCUCUUGGAAAUAUAUUCUUGGAUGGCCAAUUUUUUUACAUUUUUUUCUUUCUGGGAAAGAUUUUUACAAAUCGUAAUUUUCAAUUUGCAGUUUCAAUGCAAUUUAAGUUUAGAAAUGGCAUAAUCAUGAAUUUUAUUUGAAAGAAUUUAUUUACUUUUGAAAUAAUUGGUUUUUUUUGUGAACAAUAAAUUUUGGUAAAAGUAGAUUUUAAUUACCAAAUGGGUGCUUUUAGUUGAUUAUUAUUUUAGAUUAGACUAUUAAACGCCAUGCAAGUUUUGCAUGUGCACAUACAAAUACGCUUAUAUUUCUCAAAAAGACAUCCAUGUCUAGCAUUUGUACAAUAAAAGAUUGUAUUUGGUGACAAAGUCCCGCAAAUCAAUAAUGUGUAAGUAGAUAAUUUAACAUAAAACUAUAGUGGCUAUAAUUUUGUGGUUUAAAACUUAAUUACUCAUCUUGAUCUCUUAUAAGCUACCUGUGUGCCUUUAGUAAUUUAAUUGGCAUAUACAUUUUAUCAGAAGAACGAAAAAAUUGGCCAUCACAAGAUAAACUUUACGGCAUGGAUAAGAGCUACACAAAGGGACAGUAAAAAUUUAAAAGAACUAUCAGGAUAAAUUUUACAAAUUGCAUUAUAUUGAUGGCCAAGCGCAUCAUAAAUUAUUAUCAAAUGAUUAUGCAAUAAAAGUACAUUAGUAUCAAGACUGGUUCAAGGAUUUAAUAAUGUAAAGAGUAUGAAACAAAACUUCAAGUUAUAAAGUAUAAUACACCACAGAACUCAAGCCCAAUUGUAAGGUCCUUUCAUUGCAUAUUUUUCUGAUUAUAUAACAGGCGGUUUUAUCCAUUUCUCUUUCAAUUGGAUAAACUAUCGGUACAAUUUGUUUUAAUAAUAAUUUGGUACAAUAAAUAUUUGAACAAAGAUAAAUUCUAAUAUGUAUUAUUGUACAGUUAACAAUUUCAUGUGAAGUAUGGAAAGGACCUUAAUAUAUUAAUAUCAUAUUUAUUAUAGUUUUUUAAUAUUAUAAUACCUACGUUAAGUCUAGUUUCACAAAAUUAAGACAAUUUGUAAGGUAUUUUUGUAUAGGAAACUGAAAAUGUAACAUAAAGAGAUGUUCGCCUCUUUAUCAUUAUAUUUGUUUUGCAGUUUUAUUAGUACUUUAAGUAAAGCUCUAUAGAGCAUUAUUGGCAGCAGUAGUAAUAAUGCCAGCGAGCGUGUGUAACAAUGAAAAUCAUGUAUGUAUUGACAAGAAAUUAUAUCACUCAUGCAAAUCAACAGCAUGAAUGCAAAAUAAAACGGAGCCAAAAUAAUAUCUUAUAAGAUAAUGUAAAGUUAUAAGUAUUAUAAAUAAUUUUGUGCGAGUGGUGUUGAUUUUUUAAUGUGUUAUUUAGUGCUAACUUAAGAUUAGCAAAAACAAAAAUUUCUACCUUCAUUGAAACUUGUAAAAUUUAGGUAGAAAACAGCAAAUUAUUAGAAACGGAUAGUAAUUAUCUAUUUUUAUUAAUUUUAAUUAAUAUCUAAAGCUAUCAAAAAUUGUUUAUAAAGUAAUUAUAAAAUAAAAUCAUUCAAUAACUUUUGUAAUGAUAU